UUGUCGAAAAAGAGACAUGAAUCACGGAAUCAUAGCGCGUAAAGUUCUUAAGUAAUAAUAUUUAAUUUAUCAAAUUUUAAUUAUUAACUUUUAAUCAGCCAUGAAGAGAGAUAAUGUGAUUACAAAGAGAAAAUACUACUCUCUGGAAAGCGCAGAUACAGCAGAUUUUCUUGAAAUAAGGCCGCCCCAGGCAGUGGUGCAACAUCGCAAGUCAGCUUCCCAUAGUCAUCACAGACAUUCUACUCGUAAUUUAGAUGGCAAGGAACGCAGUGGUAGAUCGUCAUCAUCCACAUCUACAACGUGGGACGUAAAUGAUAGUAGUGCACAUUACAGAGAUCGCAGCAAAAGUAAGCAUGACAAGAGGACUAGAAGAUCGGAACCUGUUGAGCGAGAAUCAAAGUCCUCCAAGUAUAAGAAGGAAAAUCAAAGUACGAAUAGUUGGUCCCCUACAGAUCUUGGAGAAAAAUUUUCAAAUGACCACCAAAAAAGGUACAAUCAAAGUUGCUUCUACGACAAGAAAUCGUCUUUAUCACAUGUCAGUCGUAGUAAAAGACGUGAAGUGCCACGUGAUCAUCCUGAUAUGAUGGAUAGAAUUCAAAAUCUGAACGUGACAUCAUCUUCAAUGCAAAAGAAGGAACACAAGAAAUCGCAUAAACAUAAAAAAACAAGAGAUCGUGAACAUGAAAAAACAAAGAAAGAAUUGGUGUACCAAAAAAAAUUGACUCAAGAGUAUCAACAGAAAGAAUUCCAAGUUACAAUGGAUCCAAUAAAGCAUGCAUCCAUGAAAACGUCCAUAGAUUCAAAAUGCGAGCAACAACAGUUGCAAUUAGUAAGAGAUUCACUAAAGAAACAAAUAGAGGUAUCCCAUCAAAUUGACGAAGAAAUUCGUACAACGUCGAAUGACAAUCGACAACAUAGUCCUGAGAUCAGUCAACAUUUGCAUAACUCGAUUGUGGAGGUAUUCAAUAAUAGUUUACACACAGCCAGCCAGUCAGACAGUAACAGUCCUAAAAGUAAGCGUUCGCGUAUGUCAGACACAGAUCAGCAGCGUAAGCAUUCAAGAAGCAGCAGCAGCAGCAGCAGCAGUAGCAGCAGCAGUAGCAGCAGCAGUAGCAGCAGCAGCAGCUCUUCAAGUUCCAGUUCUACUAGUACUGAUGAUGAUGACAGCGAUACUUCUGAUUCCACAAGUUCUGAUGAUUCAAACAAUAAUCUAAAUUCACUGUCAAUCGACCAAUUCACCAAGUCGGGCAAAUCAAACGGUUGUUCACCUGCACAUAAUGGUACCAACGGAAUCUCCAAAGACGAUCUAAAAAUGGAUCUCCAAGUCGAACUACCUCCUUAUAUUCCUGCUAUUCACGGGUGUAGAAGCGUUGAAGAAUACAAGUCACUAAAUAUAAUAGGAGAAGGUACUUAUGGCAUUGUACACAGAGUUCAGGACAGACGCACAAAAGAAAUAGUAGCUCUAAAACGUUUGAAAAUGGAGAAAGAAAAAGAUGGCUUUCCCAUUACAAGCUUGCGUGAGAUCAAUACUCUGCUGAAGGCUCAGCAUCCCAACAUAGUCACAGUGCGAGAAAUAGUUGUUGGUAGUAAUAUGGACAAGAUAUUUAUUGUCAUGGACUAUGUCGAACACGACUUGAAGUCUCUCAUGGAAACGAUGAAAAUGAAAAAUCAUGUUUUUAUUCCCGGGGAAAUCAAGUGCUUAAUGAAACAGCUACUGGCUGCUGUAGCUCACUUGCACGACAAUUGGAUACUUCACAGGGAUCUUAAGACCUCUAAUUUGCUAUUAAGUCACAGAGGUAUUCUAAAGGUCGGUGAUUUCGGUCUAGCCAGAGAAUAUGGAUCGCCACUGAAGCAGUACACAUCUAUUGUCGUGACGCUUUGGUAUCGCGCACCUGAAUUGUUGCUUGGAGCUAAAAAAUACAGCACGCCAAUCGACAUUUGGUCCGUAGGGUGUGUUUUUGCAGAACUUGUACGCAUGGAACCAAUAUUUCCAGGAAAGUCAGAAAUGACUCAAAUAAACAAAAUUUUCAAUGAAUUAGGCACUCCAACUGAUGAAAUUUGGCCAGAGUACAGUAAAUUGCCUAUGGUAAAAUCGAUAAAAUUUCCUACCUAUACCGUGAGCAAUUUAAGACAGCGUUUCAAUUCGUCAUUAUCUGACCUGGGAACCAAAUUACUCAGCAAAUUUCUGACAUAUGAUCCAGCUCAGAGAGUAACUGCAGAAGAGGCAUUAAAGCAUUCGUACUUCUUAGAAUCACCUCUACCUAUAGAUCCAGCCAUGUUUCCUAAAUGGCCAGCUAAAUCAGAGUUUGGUUCGCGAAAAAUUAAUGCGUCUCCACAAGCACCAUGCGGUGGUAGAGAUUUUAUGGCACUUAAGGAACAAGAAAAUGAAGAUAUGGAGUCUCGUUUUCACAUGUCAACAAGUACUCAGUUACCUGCUGGCGGUGGUUUUCACUUAAAAUUUUGAUGAUUUAAACUGGACAGCAUUUGAAGGCGUCGUUUAUUGUACCUGCAUUAUAAUGU